AUGGCUUCCCAACAGGCUGGAAAUACUCCGCCACCAAAGCGCCGCAAGCUUGAUGACGAUGCCUCGAACAAGGAAGUCACGAAGCCUGACCUUCACACAGGUCUCAACAAGCCAAUAAGCCCACCAUUGCCACAUCGCAAAGGUCCUGAGCUACCGUCCUUUACGCCGACUUGGAGCUUCGAUGACGUACCUAAGCAAAUAUUGGUAUCGCGCCCAGCCGAACCGACUACAAAUCAGCCACCAGAUAAUGGAAGUGAUGAUAGAGAAGAAACACAGUUUCUGAGUUCGCCCAUACAACUGACGAAGAUCGAGAAGCUGCCCGCACACCAAAAUGUCGACGCUGUGAGUUUGUCGGAUUUGUUAGGCGAUCCGCUGAUCAAGGAAUGUUGGAACUUCAACUUUUUGUUCGAUCUGGACUUUGUAAUGCAGCACUUUGACAGCGAUGUGAGGGACAUGGUCAAAGUCAAGAUUAUACAUGGUUUUUGGAAGCGGGAUGAUGGUAACAGAAUUGCUCUACUGGAAACAGCAGAACGGUACCCCAAUAUUGAGCUGCUAAGCGCAUAUAUUCCAGAUCCCUUUGGCACCCACCACUCGAAGAUGCUCAUCCUCUUCCGACAUGACGAUACUGCACAGAUUGUUAUUCAUACAGCCAAUAUGAUCUACCGCGACUGGGCCAAUAUGACACAAGCAUUGUGGAAGUCGCCAUUGUUGCCCGUCUCAUCACAAGCAACAACUCCACAGAUAGAUCCUCAUGAAGUCCACCCUAUUGGCAGUGGUGAGCGCUUCAAAGUCGAUCUCCUCCGGUAUCUCAGUGCAUACGAGAAACGAUUGAUAGAGCUGACUGCGCAACUCAAAGCCUAUGACUUUUCAAGUAUCAGGGCAGCGUUCAUCGGCAGUGCGCCAUCACGACAGAAGCCUGCUGCAGCCAGCCCUUCAGUAACCUCAUUCGGAUGGUUAGGACUACGAGAAGUACUUUCUGGUAUCCCCGUUUCAAGGUUGGAAGACAAUUCGCGCCCUCACAUCAUCACCCAAAUAUCUUCGAUAGCAACAUUAGGUGCAACGCCAACGUGGCUUUCAAAUUUCCAGUCAGUGCUUGCCCGUUUUUCGACUAUCAAAGCCGCCAUCUCCGAGGAACAUCGGCCCUCCCUCACAAAGGCAUCAUCUCUCUCCACCAAACAUGAGUCUAACCCGGAAAAGUCGUUACCCCCAAGGUACAGUGUCAUCUUUCCGACUCCAGAAGAAAUUCGCACAUCUCUUGACGGCUAUGCCUCUGGUGGAUCAAUUCAUUGGAAACUCCAAUCAGCGCAGCAACAGAAGCAGCUAGAAUACAUGCAUCCAACGCUAUGCCAUUGGAAAAAUUCAUCUUCGGACAAUCUGUCGAGACAAGGAGCGCAUCGUGGCCCAGCAGCACCACAUAUCAAAACGUACAUACGUUUCAGCGACGAAGAGCAUAGAACUAUCGAUUGGGGCAUGGUCACAAGUGCCAACCUAAGCAAGCAAGCAUGGGGCGAUGUGGUGAACAAGAAAGAAGAGAUCUGGAUACAAUCAUGGGAAGCGGGUGUUGUCGUCUGGCCUGGCCUGUAUGCUCAAGCACAGUCAGGGAGAGAAGUCAUCAUGGUCCCUGUGUUUGGGGCAGAUAUGCCUGGGCCUGCGAAUCUUCAUGUUCAUGAUCAUAGCGGAGAGACAGCAGCCGAAGGCAUGAAGUUGGUGAAUCCAAGGAUUGUCGUGGGUCUCCGCAUGCCGUACGAUUUGCCGCUUCGUCCUUAUAGUGCUGAUGAGAAGCCUUGGUGUGCUACCAUGCAACAUUCGGAACCUGAUCGAAAUGGGCACGCCUGGGGCGGCUAUGGACGUUGA